UUGCUUUUUAUUAGGUGUGUUGAAGGAGGUCACAAACUCAGAUAUUAUACAGAGGCUGGAUAAUGCUACUGCUGUGAUGAGGAUUUUGGAGGCCAACCUUACAGACAUGACACAGAGGCUGGAAUCUCUACAAGUGUCAUAUGACAACGCCACUGUUGUAAUAAGGACGUUGGAGGCCAACCUUACAGAUGUACAGGAAGAAGCUUGGGAGAAGUUUUCAGAUGGCUGGAAGUAUUUCAAUGGGAACUACUACUACUUCCCCACUGAUAGGAAGACCUGGGCUGAUAGCAGAGACGCCUGUGUGACUAUGGGAGGACACCUGGUCAUCAUAGAGACUCAAGAGGAACAGUAUUUCCUACAGGAACAGAAACCUGAUAAUUACUGCUGGAUUGGCCUGACUGAUUCAGCUAAAGAAGGAGAAUGGCGCUGGGUGGACAACACACUACUCAACAAUAACAUCACGUUCUGGGCAGGUAGUCAGCCUGACGGUAAUGAUCCACUUGGACAAGACUGUAUUGGUUUAUGGACGUUUACGAACACAGGACAGCUGUUGUGGGAUGAUAAAUAUUGUGGCUUGGAAGACAUAUACAUUUGUGAGGCUUCAAUUUAAGUAGGCCUACAUUAAAUGUCAUUGUCCAUGACCUGUUUAUAUUUACGGUAACCAAUAGCCUACUGCAUUCCUAUAGAGGCAUAACCUGACUCUUACCAUACCAGAUGAAUAUAGUCAAGGACUGGGACUAAAAAGGACACAAAAGAAACUAAAUCACUAAAUUACUUGACAGUCUCUAAAAACAAAUAAACUGUCCAGGUCGAGACGGAUACCAGGCACUCUGCCGAGCUCCACACAUUCAUCUGCGAUUGUAUCCAAUGAAAAGAAAUUCAAGAGAGCAAAAACAGGAUCACUGGGCAGGAUUUCUAUAGAUGUGAUUUGGCAAAGAAGGGACUGUUUGAUUCAGACAACAAUCACAGCUGAAAGCCCCGGUGUUGUUAGGGCCAUUUAUUUUAGAGGGUCUUUGGGGGUGGGGGUGUGCUUU